UGCUGUUGUUGAACCAAUGUCACCUUCGUUGUCAUGACGAAAACUCACUAUAUGAUAACUGAUAAGUAUUAUAUAUUGAUAAAACAUAACAAUGGAACAGAAUUUUUAUGAAAUUGAUAGCAAGAACGCUUGGGCAGAAACUCUCCAGCAAAUAAGAAGUGAGUCUGGGAGUUACAACUUCACCUACAAAGAUGCAAGAAAAUCUGAAAAUAAAAACCUGAAUCGUUAUAGAGAUGUGAGUCCAUAUGAUCACAGCCGUGUCAGGCUAACUAAGGGAGGUGAGGACUAUAUCAAUGCCAGUCUCGUGGAGGUACCUGCUGCUAAACGUGCCUAUAUUUUAACACAGGUCAAGUGCCAUCAGUACUGGCCUCUUGGUAAUGAGCAUGAUGGGGAAGAGGAAAUGAUACUCAAAGAAGUUAACCUUAAGGUCAGUAUUCAUGGAGAAAAAGAAGCUACAGAUUACAUCAUCCGAGAACUGCUUCUUACAAACCUAGAGAGUUAUGAAUCUAGAACAGUGUUACACUUUCACUAUACAACUUGGCCAGAUUUUGGAGUACCAGAGUCUCCUUCAGCAUUCCUCAGUUUCCUCCUGGCCGUCCGAGACUCCGGAGCUCUGAAUCAGAAUGUAGGCCCAGUUGUUGUACACUGCAGUGCUGGGAUUGGUCGUUCUGGAACCUUCUGCUUAGUGGAUUCCUGUCUUGUUUUGAUUGAAGAAAGGGGAAAUUUAGAUGCAGUGAAUGUACAAGAAAUCUUGUUAGAAAUGAGAAAAUAUCGUAUGGGCCUCAUUCAAACACCAGAUCAGCUACGCUUCUCGUACCUUGCUAUAAUUGAAGGUGCCAAGCAGGUCUUAGCUAGGCGUAAAAAUAUUUCAGAAAAUGUGCUUUCUGACCAUCAUCAGAAUUCACUGGAUGGACAGCAUGAAGAUGAGCAAGUCAACACCGUUAGUAGUAAUGAGCCCAAGGGAGUAAAAAGAAAAACUGAAUUUCUCAAAAAGGAAGUUGUGAAAGAGGUUUCAGAAAGUAAAAUAAACCAAGGGGUUUCUGAAAAUGAUUGGGAUGAAACAGAACCAUUGCCACUGAUUCCACAAAAUAAACCGUCAUCUGACACAUUGGAAGAAAGGAAGUUAUCGUACAUAUCUGAGAGGACAGUUAGUAGCUUAACGUCUUUGGACACGGCUAAUCAAGAACCAAAAAAUACUGAGUUUGCCGAGGAAGAUGAAACUAUAACAAAUAAUACUGUGUCUAUUGCAAAUUUGUCAUCAGCUACUGAGAAGAACGUGAAUGAUUCAGAAAUACGAAAAAGAAAACGCAAGGAACGUAUAGAUAAAACUGCAGAAACUGUCCAAAAAAUGCGGCAGAAACUACAAGAUUCAGAGUCAUGGGAAAGGCACAAGCUGUUAUUAAAGAAAUGUUCUAUAGGUGCAGUCUUACUGUUGGGAAUGGGAUAUUUAGUGUAUCGAUACUAUGUACAAGGUUGAACAUUUAGUGAUUGCAGUUUUUCCUGUGUAGUGUAACUUUCUAUACUUGUUCAUACUAGGUAUGUUUUUAUCCUCAGUGUAUGGUUUUAUUUUAUUUGUCUCGUCUUUAGUACAAUCAAAUGAAGUAUAUUUUGUAGUGAGGGGAUUUCUUAUUGAAUGAUAAAGCCUGGAGGAAGCUACAUUUUGCUGACAGGGCCAUCAAGUGUGUGUGUGUGUGUGUGUCUAUAUAAAAUAUAUAUAUAUAUAUAUACAUAGAUUAUAUAAAACUAGUAAGAUUCUUUACUCUAUUGUUCCAUAAAAUUUAUAAAGUCAUGUGAUCACUAGCCUAAAAUAUGGUAGGGCUUUAACCCUACCACUUCUGCCAGCCUUGUGAUAAAAUUUCUUAAGUCUUAAAUCCAGUUCUGUUAAUCAUAAAUAGUGUACAUUAGAAUAACAAAAAUUAGAUUAAGUUCUUCAGGUUUUUUUUUUUUUUAAUAAGAGAUUAAAAAUGUAGACCAAUGACUGAUAACACAGGCCCAAUAAUUUAAACUUCAUAAAAGUUGUUUUGGUUUUAAUAAUGGAUUUUCCAUAGUUCAGCUAUGCAGAUUUCGA